AUGGAAGCGUCCGACUCUAGCGAUAACGAAAAUGAUCCUUUGGUCAAACACAGACGCCAAAGGGAGAGGCUGGCUAGAGAAGAAGCUUUCUAUCGCUUCGUGAACAGCUUGAGUAACGAUGACUACAAACUUAUGAGAGAUAACCAUUUGCUCGGUGCCAUUGGUGAAAAAACGGAAGAAGAACUGCACAGAAGUCUACAACGCAUUAAAAACGCAACACAAAUGCCAGGAUUCUAUCCAGACUAUUUCAUGCCAACCAUUGAACCCAGGACUUUUAUCCCACUAGGUGGAAGUCCUUCUCUCCAUGAUGUAUGCAAUGCUGGUUCUACAUCAAACCAGCUUACUUCUUCCUUUAGGCAACUUGAAAAUAUGAUAGAACGAGAACAAAGAGUAAAUCGAUCUUGUAUAGAAACAAGUAAUUCAAACAUUAGUGAUGGUCAAGUAGGAGCAAACUCUAACUUAAGGAUCCAGAGGCAAGCAGCAAGAACACAAUCCCCCUCAGUAUUUCCAAGGUCCUCUAGAUCAGAAGUCAGUGCAACCGAAACAUCAACAGGUCAAUCUAGUGUAAGUCAAGAAAGAGAAAGAAAUAGAAGCACAAUCAUUCAGAAAAUUAGAGCAAGACCUGAGAGUAGUUCAUCUUCAAAUUCACAGAAUGAAAUUCUAUGGAGAGUUCGUAAUCCAGAAAACGUUCAGAGGCAAAUAGGUACCCGAACUGAGUACACAGCUACACAAACAUUUCCAGGUCCGUCUACAUCAGAAGCAAGUGAAGCUGUAUCACUGAUGAAUUCUCCAACUACUAGUAGUGAGAGAAGAGAAAAAAGUCACAGCCCAGAACUUGAAUGCAUUAGAGCCAGAAUUGAGGAGAGCUCGCCCGUGCAUUCACAUACUCAAAUACGAAGAAAAGUUCGUAAUACAGGAAACACUUAUAGGAGAGCUGCAAAUUCACAAUCUGAGCCAACAUCUUUGUGGCCGACGUCUUCAGAAGUAUCUGCAACUGAAACAUCAAUGGACAUUCUACCUAGCAGAAUCCAGAGAAGAACAAGAAACACAAGUCCAGUGCGUCGCAGAGUUAGACCAAGAAUUGAAAGUAGCUCACCUCCUGAUAAUGCAUCAUUUGAGAACAUUAGGGUAAAUGAGGCUGAGAUUUCACCUAGAAUUCAGCAACAUGAGGCAGUGACAGAGCAACCACCUAGAGCUGGAUCGCAUAUUAAACGACUUUUUACAGAUUUAACAUCAACAAAUGACUUUUCAACACAAACAGAGUCAAACAGAAGGAUUAAUAGUGAACCUUGUGUGACUAGACUGAGAAAUCAAACCCCAGAUUCUAAUCUUGAAGUAAGUUUUAACUCUGAAAGAGAACCUUCAGUAAGAGACAACGUAGCUAAUAGAAGUCAAGUAACACCUCCCACAACAAGCAAUACUGUUACUAUAGAAAAUAGUCCAGAAAGCAGAACUAGGCUUUCAAAUACUGAGCAGUCACAUGACACUGCUUGUAUUAGAACAACUAUGUCUACAAAGGCAAAAGUUAAUUUAAAUAAUGCCACAUUAGUGAUUACUCACAGAACAUUAUGCCAGAUAAUGGUAGAACUUGAUCAACCAAAUAAUCUUACCAACAAUGACAGUGGCACUGAUAGUGACACUGGUGGUAAUAAUGAUAAUGACACUGAUAGUGAGAAUGAAAGCAGUAAUAGAGAUGACAGAGAGCUUUAUUGUUACAGUGAUUUUGAACAUAGUGACUCAUUCAUACUUGAAAACACAGAAGGGGAAAACACAGAAAGUGAAAGAGAUUAUGGGACUGAUGAGAGUGAAAUUUAUGCUUUGAAUCCAAAUCCUAGCUGGGAUUCGUAUUAUCCUUCAGUAAAUUCUGAAUCUAGUUUUUUUGCCAGUUACAAUUCCAUCUAUGGAAGUUCCGAUAUUAACUUGGCAAUGUUUGAAAAUAGUACUGAAAGAAGUUCACUAUUUAACUCAUCAAUAGUGAACAGGGGGAGAAAUCAAGCUAUUACCCCAUCUGAUGAUUUUGAUUUUUGGCCGAUUGAAGAUCAGUUAGAUAUCAAUGAAGACAUCCCUCCUACAGGAGGACUCUCUAAGCAACAAAUAGACAUGUUAACAGUAAGAAAUUUUAAUGAAAACGAUGCAUCAAAUUCAUGUACCAUCUGCCUUGAGGAAUUCAGGGAGGGCAAUAAGAUCCGCACACUACCUUGCUCUCAUACAUAUCAUGUACACUGCAUAGAUGCAUGGCUCGUUGAUAACAUGACUUGUCCUAUUUGUCGUAGACGGGUCCGUCCUGAUGGCAGAGGAUUCUAG